GAAAGCAUUGAGGAUUCCUUUCUCUGUACCUACACUGCAAUAUCAAUCCAUCACCAAAAUUUGUUCCGGGAAACUUUUUUUUUUUUUUUUUUGGAGUAAAUUUGUUCCGGGAAACUUCUCGGCUUCUUAUGUAAAACUUGUCGGGUUAAUCUUUUAGAAUUGUAGAUUCACAAAAACCGAAAUUUUUAACUACUACUUUUGUUUUGCACGGACUAUACCUCAGAAAUAUCUCUAAAGACUUUUCCAACACAUUGUUCAAAUGCCCCCACCAAACGUUAGCAACAGGAGAACAGAAACAUUAACUUCAACUUUGUCCUUUCCUUCUACAUUAAUUAUGGUUUGGACUUUUAUUAGUCAAGGUCUUUACUGAUCGAAGUCUAUAGAACUCCCUGAUUCGGAAGCUAUAUAUCCAGAGCCUCCCAUUGUGAGAGCUGUAGAGGACAUCUUUGCAAGGUAGUUACUUGCACAACUCCUUGUCAAACUCUGAAACUACCUUUUUUUAUAUAAGGAAAACUCUGAAACUACCUACCCAGAGUCUUUCAAAUGCAAUCUCCAAAAUGCCACUUGCUUAUAUUCUUGAUUCAAUUAGUCUCCAUCAUUAGCUUUUACCACUACAUAACCCCAAUAAGAGGUGAAGAUGAAACUGGUGUUGUAGAAGUGGAUGUGGGCAUAAUUCUUGAUCUGAAAACAGAUGUGGCAAAAGUAAUGCACACAUGUAUCUUACUGGCACUUGAAGAUUACCAUGCCGCUAGUCGCAGUGCCAUUCGGAUAGUUCCUCACUUGAAUGAUUCGAACAAAGAUGAUGUUGAAGCAGCAUCUGCAGCCAUUUACUUGCUAAAGGAUGUCCAAGUACAAGCUAUAUUUGGACCCCAAACGUCUACACAAACUGAUUUUGUGAUCGACAUAGGCAAGAGAGUAAAAGUCCCUAUACUUUCUCCAGCAACAAGUCCUUCACUUACAGUCAAGGAAAACCCCUACUUCAUCAGAGGAGCACUUCCUUCUUCAAGCCAGACUAAGGCCAUUGCAGCAAUUGUUAAGAACUUUGGUUGGAGGGAGGUUGUAGUCAUCUACGAGGAUAGCGCCUAUGGAACCGGGAUAGUUCCACAUUUGACUGAUGCCUUACUGGAAAUCAGCACUUUAGUCUCCUAUAGAAGUGUUAUUUCUCCUUCAGCCAAUGAUGAUCAAAUCCUCAGGGAGCUAUACAAGUUGAAUACUAUGCAGACCAGAGUCUUCGUUGUGCACUUGCGACCAUUACUUGCCAAAAGCCUUUUCCUCAACGCAAACAAAGCCGGGAUGAUGAGCGAAGGAUAUGCAUGGAUCAUCACAGAUCUGCUAACGAGUCUUCUGGACUCGGUAGAUCAUUCAGUGAUUGAGUCAUCAAUGCAAGGUGUUAUUGGUCUAAAGCCUUAUGUUCCAAGAACCAAUGAGCUUAUCGAUUUCACCAAGAGAUGGAGAAGGAGAUUUCGUCAAGAGUAUCCGAACACGAACACAGUAGAACUCAAUGUUUUUGGGCUGUGGGCGUAUGAUGGAAUCAAAGCAUUAACAAUAGCAGUAGAAAAGGUGGGUGGCACUUCCAUCCCAAAAUUCAAGAAAGCAGACACUAGAAAGAACUUAACGGACUUGGAUGCACUUGGAACCUCAGAGUUGGGAUCUCUGCUCAUUCACUCUAUGAAAAACAUAACGCUAAAAAGAAGUCUAAGUGGUGAUUUCCGCCUCAUUGAUGGAGAAUUGCAGCCUUCCCCAUAUGAGAUUGUGAAUAUAAUUGGGAAAGCAGAGAGAACAAUUGGAUUCUGGACAGAGAAAGAUGGAAUUUCAUGUAAACUGAAGAUGGUUCCUAAAACAGCUGCUAAGUGCAAUAAUAAGCAACUAGGAGCCAUAAUUUGGCCCGGUGAAUCUCAUAUUGUUCCGAAAGGCUGGGAAAUACCCACAACUGGGAAGAAGUUAAUGGUCGGAGUUCCUGCCAAAGGAUGGAUGAACGAAUUCAUUGAAGUGAAAAAAGAUUCAAAAACCCAAGCAGUAACUGCAACUGGUUUCUGUGCAGAUGUCUUCAAAGAAGUCAUCUUAUCUUUGCCGUAUGCUCUCCGUUAUGAAUUUAUUCCAUUUCAAAUACCAGAUAGCCCCACUUCUCCAGACUACGAUAAUCUUGUCAAAAAGGUCUCUUCUAAGGAAUAUGAUGCAGUUGUAGGUGAUGUGACCAUUUUAGCAAACCGAUCCGAGUAUGUGGAUUUUACGUUACCUUUUACGGAGUCGGGUAUUUCAAUAGUAGUGCCAGUAAAGGAUGAUGACAGGAAGAAUAUUUGGAUUUUCUUGAAACCUCUAAAGAGCGAGCUUUGGAUAACAACUGGAGCAUUCUUCUUCUUCAUUGGUUUUGUGGUUUGGAUACUCGAACAUCGUGUAAACAAAGAGUUUCGAGGACCCAAAUGCAAGCAAGUUGGGAUUAUAUUCUGGUUUUCCUUCUCAACUCUCGUUUUUGCUCAUAGAGAGCAGGUAAAAAGUAACUUAACAAGAUUUGUGAUGAUUGUGUGGGUUUUCGUGGUUCUGGUACUGACAUCAAGUUACACGGCCAGCUUAACAUCUAUGUUAACGGUACAACAGCUCCAACCUACGAUAACAGACCUCAAUGAUCUCAUUAAGAAUGGAGAAUAUGUUGGGUAUCAAGAGGGUUCCUUUGUCAAAGAUGUCUUGAAGCGCAUGAAAUUUGAUAGCUCCAAGUUCAAAAGUUAUACCACAUUGGAAGAGUAUAAUGAUGCGCUUUCAAAAGGAAGUAAAAAUGGAGGUGUUGGUGCAAUUAUUGAUGAACUUCCUUAUCUCAGACUCUUUCUCAAGAAGUACUGCAGGAAGUAUAUUAUGGUCGGUCAGACUUACAAGACUGCUGGCUUUGGAUUCGUCUUUCCAAAAGGGUCACCUUUGGUACCUGACAUCUCAAGAGCAGUCUUGAGGGUGAUGGAGGGAGAGUUUAUGAAUAAUGUAAUACAGAAAUACUUUGGGAAUGAAACAGAUUGUUCACAGAAAGACGGAAUGGCUAUAACAUCUGAUAGCCUCACGCUAGAUAGUUUUAAGGGCCUUUUCCUCAUAGCUGGUGUAUCAGCAGGUUCCGCUCUUCUCAUAUUCUUCCUCAUCUUCCUUUAUCAGAAUAAGGAAAUCUUAACGACUGAUGACUCAAUAAGACAAAAGCUUUCUGCCAUAGCAAAGGUCUUCGAUGAAGAGAAAGUGAAACCUGAUUCUAAGUCAGAAAUGUUGGGCGAAGGCAAUGAAAGCCAAAUGACUACACUGUUUGCAGCAAAUGCAGCUUCCCCUGAAACAUUGUCCUACCUUCCUUCACAAAGCCCAGAAAGAACUGCAUCACCUCCAUAUGAAGGAUUCUCUACAACAGAACCUGGAACUCCAGUUCAAGAACCCAUUACAAAUGAAGUGAGAUGGCAGAUAUAACUGCUAAUACAAUUAUGAACAGCCCAGGAUAGAUUGUAUACUGAUGCGCAAGCGCUAGAAAAGUUAGACGAGGCUACAUUAUCACCUUGGCCAUAAUAUUUGUAUCAAGAGUUUAGGUAGACAGGCAAGAUUUAAGAGGAUAUUUUGGCGCUCUUGGCCAUAGUAUUUGUAUCAAGAUUUAAGAGGAAGAGUUUAAUAGUACCAGUUAAAAAAAAUAAAAAAGAUUUAAAAGGAAGAGUAAUACUCCCUCCGUUUCAAUUUAAGUCAACUUAUUUCCUUA